AUGUCUCGUAUAUUCGAAAGAGUAGAUAGAGAGACCUUGUUGAGAGACGAACAAUUGAAGGAUGUAUUACUCAAGAUAAGGGAAAAAGUAUUAUCAGGACAUAUCGUAGAGCUGAAGACACUUAGUAGUGAAAUAGACAGAAUGUCUCGAGACGAAAAACAAUUAGUUCCCAUCACAGGCAGAACUGAACUUGAUGGACUCAUCACUAAUCCUGAGCGAGAGAACGCUGCUUUGCUUGAUCAAUCUUUUUCUAAGAAGAUCUAAGGGCCCCUCAAUACGCUGACUUAAUUAAAUUAGCAUUAACAAUCUCAUAGCGAAUCUGAAUUUUCUCAUCAAUCCUUCUAUAGUGAUGAAGAACCUUGGAAUAUUGAUUACAUCAAUACUAACCUUGACUCUGUAGAACGAAGUUUGAAUUGCGACAAUUCCCCCAGUGUUGUCAUAGCUCUCAAGGCAUUAUUUGAGCAAAUCAGACUCCUCUUCAUCAAGAAUGUCAACAAGAAAGAAUUCACGCACAAAUACAUCGUUUUGGCAUUGCGUUGUCUAUAUAUCUUAGGAAAUGCCAUGAAAGCACAAGGUAAUUACUAACAUGCAAUUUUGUAUUAUGAAAAUUGUUUAACUAAGUUUACAAUCAAUGAACCAACUUUUAAGGGUAAACUUUUAAUAGAAACAGGUAAAGCUUGUUUCAUUUCAAAAAACUUUUAGAAAUCUCAACAAUACUAUUAUGAUGCAUUAUUGCAUUACGAAUAACUUAAUUGGCGUCUUGACAUUGCGUAUGUUCUGACAUUGCUGUCUAGACUGAAUGGAUGGAUGAAAAAUCCCGAUGCUGCCAGUAAAUUGUGUUAUGAAAGCUUAGCUAUAUAUCGAGAUUAUCUCCCUGAAGAGGAUGAACGUAUUGCUGAUACAUAUUUCAUCUUAGCUGAAUUAGCAUAUCUCCGUAAGGAUUAUGAUGCCGCAUUUUAAUUUGCUGAACAAUCUCUUCAAAUCCAACAAUCCAAAAACAAUAACGAAUAUUAUGGUACUAACUAAGAAUUGAAACCCCAAUCGUCACCCAUAUACAAUUUGCUCGGAAUCUUGUAUGCCAACACCAACGAUUACAAACAAGCGUAGAAGUACUUCCACAAUGCCUUUUAAUGUGGGAGAUAGGAAACCCUAAAGGCAGCGCAAAUACUCAUGAACUGGGGGAUUAUGCAGGCUUUGGAAUGCAAUUCAGAAUUAGCACAAAAAGGCAUUUUGAAGGCCAAACAAAUAUCCUAAGCCUUCCAAAAUAAUAGUGAUUGGUCCCAGAGAUUAGAUAGGAAUUACUAAGAAUUAUUAUUAUAAUGA